AUGUACCCAACGGAAAAUCUCAAACAUGGACCAUUGAAGUUGAAUCCGUUCGUAAAAAGUUUGGAUCACAACAUUAUGUUGAAAACUAUUCAAAAUUUGUGUUAUAACAAGCCGAAUGCUCUUACCAUGACGUCUCCGUUUCUAGUAGACAACAUUUUGCAGCAGCAGAAGAAUGUUAACUUCCACAAUCAGUAUUUGAACCAACAAAUCGAGAACUACAUGCAGCGACAAACCUACGAGCGGUCAAGAGAAAACUCCCCAGAGAUGGACGAUUCAAAAAUGGCUGACAUCGAAGACGAUAAUCGAACUGAAGCAGGGGAAGCGAAGUUAGAAAACGACGAAGAUUCGAAGAGCCGAGACGAAGACGAGACAUUCAACGUCAAAAAUGAGGUCUACUACAACGAUUAUUAUCGUAACGAGAACACUACAGCUGAGAAAGAAGUCCUGAACAUCCCCAAUUUGAGCCGCCGUUGCUCUGCAUGCGGUGCGUUUGACUGUCCACCGUUUGCUUGCAAGAAAUCCGGCAUUCGAAGACUUGAAGAGCUAGAAAAGAGGUUCAACCUGAACUACCAGGAGAAUUCAGGAGAUGAAGGGGACAUUGGCAAGGAGAAAGCGUUCACUGAAGACAUGGUGCGGAGUUGUGAGGACUAUAGUAGCGAGCAGAAGAAACCGCUGCUGAAAUUUAGUGUUAGUGCAAUACUUGGCGACAGGGAAGACAGCUCGAAGAACAGCAAUGUCAAUGAAUAUCGACAGCCGAUGGUGACCAGUCCCUGGCCGAUCGCCAAGCCGAUCGCCAGCCGCCCCAUGCCGACCCAUCAGCAUCUACAGCACUUGCUGGCUCACUGUCACCAUCCUUACUUAGCUGUAAGGCCGGCGCAAGCGCACACACAAGUGUUUCCUCUGCCAGGAGGGUUCCCGUGGGCGCAUAGUUCCAGAGGUAAACCUCGCCGCGGAAUGAUGCGCCGAGCAGUCUUCUCAGACCUCCAACGGAAGGGGCUUGAGAAAAGGUUCCAGGUACAGAAGUACAUUUCCAAGCCGGACCGGAAGAAGCUGGCUGAGAAACUCGGCUUGAAAGAUAGUCAGGUGAAGAUCUGGUUCCAGAACCGACGCAUGAAGUGGCGCAACUCCAAGGAACGAGAGCUGCUGGCGUCUGGGGGCUCCCGGGAACAGACGCUGCCUAACAAGAAUAACCCACAUCCAGACCUAUCAGAUGCAGAAGCCGACAAACCGAAGUUAUCUCCUCUCUCCAUGGAUGACCAGGAGGAUAAGAGCAAAAUCUACGCUAGUACUAGCCAGGAAUACAGAUUUGAUGACAAAAUGGCCGCUAAUUUCAACAGAGAGUUCAACGAAGAAGAAGAAUUUGAAAGCGAUAGUGGUUCUGAUGAGGAAAUCAACGUAACAUGA